CAAGAGCUUCUUCAUCCACCACAAAUAUCGAAUAUUUGCCUGGUUUUGGAAGUCGCGGUUUUUGUUUAUAAUUUUUUGGUUAAUUUUGUGUGUUUAAAAUAAUCGAACAUUUUCUGUGCAAAUGUAUUUGAGUGAUUAGUAAUUGAUUAAGCAAUCGGAAUUUCGUUUCGGCAAAUGUAAUCCACGGUAAAGACCAAAAUUCACAUUGAGUCAAAAACCAAUCCAAACAUGAGUGAUAAAUGUGUAUGGUGGAAGUUUUUGUACCGCUUUUUCCAAAACUGUUUAAUUGAACUAUAACACACACGUACAGUGUGUAUGAUUUUCGGUGGAAAAAAAUUAACAUUAACUGUUUGUGGACAAUUGACCGGAGAAAAAUUGAAAAUUAUCCUAACCGAAAGAAAAACAGUUUGCAUUUAAUGACAGAUAAAAUGUUUUGUUGGUCGUAGCGCACGUAACAGGAAUUCGUUGCUAGAAAAACAGAAACGGAUCUGUCAGUGAAAAAUAGUUUUCGGAAAUUAGUGUCCAAUAUUGAAGAAAUAAAUUUUUAUUUUUUAAUUUUUCGAGAUUAAAUUGCAAAAAAGAAACCACCUCUGAAGCACGCACGCAUACACAGAUUUGAAACACGUUACACAGAUACUCAUAACAAAUGGCGACAAUAGAUGGACGACCUGCCCAAUAUGGCAUUUCCCUUAAAAAUCUUCGAGAGCUCAUGGAGCAUCGAGGACGCGAAGGAAUUCUCCGAAUACAAGAGCAAGGAGGUGUUCAAGAAUUAUGCAAAAAACUGUACACAUCACCAAACGAAGGUUUAAGUGGAUCCGCAGCUGAUAUAGAGCACAGACGCGAAACGUUUGGAUCGAAUACAAUACCACCGAAACCACCUAAAACAUUUCUUCAAUUAGUUUGGGAGGCACUACAGGACGUAACUCUGAUCAUAUUAGAAGUAGCUGCUUUAGUAUCACUUGGUCUAUCAUUUUAUCAGCCAGCUGAUGAAAAUGCUCCUUCGUCUAAACAGGUCGAAGAAGACGAUCAUCAUGGCUGGAUUGAGGGUCUAGCUAUAUUGAUAUCCGUCAUAGUUGUAGUAAUUGUUACAGCAUUCAAUGAUUAUUCAAAAGAGCGACAAUUCCGGGGCUUACAAAAUCGAAUAGAAGGUGAACACAAAUUUUCGGUUAUCCGUGGUACAGAGGCAAGGAAUAUUGGUGUUGGUGAUAUUGUUGUUGGCGAUAUUUGUCAGAUCAAAUACGGAGAUUUGCUGCCGGCUGAUGGCAUUUUAAUUCAAAGCAAUGACUUAAAGGUUGACGAAUCUUCUCUCACCGGUGAAUCUGACCAUGUCAAGAAAGGUGAAAAUUACGAUCCAAUGGUCCUAUCUGGCACACACGUCAUGGAAGGCAGUGGAAAGAUGGUUGUAACCGCUGUCGGUGUAAACUCUCAGGCCGGUAUUAUAUUCACUCUGUUAGGUGCAGCGGUUGACCAACAAGAGGCUGAAAUUCGUAAGAUGAAGAAGGAAGCUAAAAAGCAGAGGAAGAAGAAGAGUUUAACAGGCGAGGAUGGAUUAACAGCCGUAAACAGUCAUAUUCCAGCCCAAUUACCACCAAGUAAAGAAGAGGCGGCUGAAAAUCACGUCGAAUCAUCGAGUGCUGCUCCGGAAGGUUCGGGUGCCAAAAAAGAGAAAUCUGUUUUACAAGCAAAACUGACAAAACUUGCCAUUCAAAUUGGUUAUGCUGGUUCGACCAUCGCUGUUUUAACCGUUCUUAUUUUGGUCGUACAAUUCUGUGUUAAGACAUUCGUUAUCGACGGCAAGGAAUGGAGCAAUACCUAUGCGAAUACAUUGGUCAAGCAUUUGAUUAUUGGUGUGACUGUGCUCGUGGUUGCAGUACCUGAAGGAUUGCCAUUGGCUGUGACAUUGUCAUUAGCUUAUUCCGUCAAGAAAAUGAUGAAAGACAACAAUCUCGUACGUCAUUUGGACGCCUGUGAAACUAUGGGCAACGCAACAUCUAUCUGUUCAGACAAGACCGGUACAUUGACCACAAACCGGAUGACAGUUGUUCAAUCAUACAUUUGCGAGAAACUAUGUAAGGUGACUCCUAAAUUCUCUGACAUACCUUCGCACGUUGGCAACACGAUUGUUCAAGGCAUUUCGGUAAACUCUGCAUACACUUCACGAAUUAUGCCUGGCCAUGCACCUGGCGAACAAGCUCAGCAAGUCGGUAACAAAACAGAGUGCGCUCUUUUGGGCUUCGUUCAAGGAUUAGGAAUGAGCUAUCAAAGCAUUCGCGAUGAUAUUCCAGAAGAGAUAUUCACACGUGUGUUCACAUUUAACUCUACACGAAAAUCGAUGAGUACAGUCGUACCAAGACCGGGAGGUGGUUACAGAUUGUUCACGAAGGGAGCGUCAGAAAUGGUCCUAACAAAAUGUGCAUUUAUCUACGGACAUGAUGGUGUUUUGGAAAAAUUCACCAGAGACAUGCAAGAACGUUUGCUUCAUCAAGUUAUUGAACCGAUGGCCUGCGAUGGUUUGCGAACGAUUUCGGUGGCAUAUCGUGAUUUUGUUCCUGGCAAAGCAGCAAUCAAUGAAGUUCAUAUCGAUAAUGAACCGAAUUGGGACGAUGAGGCGAACAUAGUCAGCAAUUUGACAUGUUUAUGUGUCGUUGGUAUUGAGGAUCCCGUCCGUCCUGAGGUGCCUGAUGCGAUCCGUCGAUGUCAAAAAGCUGGCAUCACCGUGCGUAUGGUCACCGGUGACAAUAUCAACACUGCCCGAUCAAUUGCUGCUAAAUGCGGCAUCGUCAAGCCAAAUGAAGACUUUCUCAUUUUGGAAGGAAAGGAAUUUAAUCGUCGUAUUCGUGAUAGUAACGGAGAUGUUCAACAACAUUUGCUUGAUAAAGUUUGGCCGAAAUUAAGAGUAUUAGCCCGGUCUUCUCCAACUGAUAAAUAUACUCUAGUCAAAGGUAUCAUCGACAGUAAGGUAAGUGAGAAUCGCGAAGUUGUCGCUGUAACCGGUGACGGUACAAACGAUGGACCUGCGCUAAAGAAAGCUGAUGUUGGUUUCGCUAUGGGUAUUGCCGGUACCGAUGUCGCAAAAGAAGCGUCGGAUAUUAUUCUUACCGACGAUAACUUCAGCAGUAUAGUCAAAGCGGUCAUGUGGGGACGCAACGUUUACGAUUCGAUUGCAAAGUUUUUACAAUUUCAAUUGACCGUCAAUGUAGUUGCUGUGAUUGUGGCAUUUAUUGGUGCUUGUGCGGUACAAGAUUCACCAUUAAAGGCCGUUCAAAUGUUAUGGGUUAACUUGAUUAUGGAUACGCUAGCAUCAUUGGCCUUAGCUACGGAAAUGCCAACGCCAGAUUUGUUGUUACGUAAACCGUACGGUCGAACGAAACCACUCAUAUCGCGCACAAUGAUGAAAAAUAUUAUAGGACAAGCAAUAUAUCAAUUGGGCGUUAUAUUUUCACUCCUGUUCGUAGGAGACAAGUUGUUAGACGUUGAAUCUGGUCACGGACAACCGCCAACUCAACACUUCACCAUUAUUUUCAAUUCAUUCGUAAUGAUGACCUUGUUCAAUGAAUUCAAUGCGCGAAAAAUUCAUGGACAAAGAAAUGUGUUCGAAGGCGUUUUCACAAACCCGAUUUUCUAUUCCAUUUGGAUUGGUACGUGCGUUUCUCAGGUUGUCAUCAUCCAAUACGGUAAAAUGGCAUUUUCAACUAAAGAACUUACCCUAGAGCAAUGGCUGUGGUGUCUAUUCUUCGGACUUGGCACACUGCUUUGGGGACAAGUAAUCACAACCGUGCCUACACGAACAUUACCAAAAUUGUUAUCAUGGGGACGAGGACACCCAGAGCAAUACACUGAAGCCAUUAAUUUGGGCGAUGAACGAUUUGAUUCAAUGGAUUCCGACAAAAAACCACGAGCUGGCCAAAUACUCUGGAUUCGUGGAUUGACUCGGCUCCAAACACAGGUGAUAGGUGGUGAAUUGCAAGAGCGUCUAAUACCGGUACCAUACAGCAAGAGCUCCACUGAUCAAGCUAUUCGAGUUGUAAACGCAUUUCGUCAGGGUUUAGAUGCUCGAUACGGUGAACACAGUAACACAUCACUAGCAGAAGUACUACGCAAGCAAACAUCACUGAGUAAACGUCUAUCGCAAACGUCAUCCAUUGAAUAUGCCGAUAAUAUACCAGACGAACUAACGAUACCCGAAAUCGAUGUGGAACGAUUAUCAUCGCAUAGCCAUACAGAAACUGCUGUUUAAAAAUUAAAAAAAAAACAACAAACAAACAAAAUAUGAAAGGUACAUUAUAAAUAUAUAUUUAAAAGAAAGUAACAUGUAUAAAUUAAAAAUAAUAUAAAAUUUAAAAAAUCACACACUAUUUUUUAGUAACAAAAAAAUAAAAAUGAAAAAAAAAAAAUAAUUAAAUUUGUAUACAAAAAAAGAAUGAAAAAUAAUUUAAAAAAAUUGAUGAAGAAGAAAAAAAUGAUAGAAAUACAUUUUCAGUAAACAAUUUAAAAAAAAAUGAAAACCAAAAACAUCCGAUAAAGACAUCUCUGAUAAUCAACAUUUUCCUAAUUUUCUAUUCGUCACAAAGAUUUCUUCACAAAAAAAUAAUCGAACAAGAACUUGAAAAGAAAAAUUAAAAUCUAUUUUUCUCUUCUCAUCCGAUUCAGUUCAAUAGCUUGAGAAUAUUUACUUUCCAGUGCUGCAGGUUUAUCACACAUUUUAGGACAAUGGAACAACAUUAAAUGGCAUUUUCGGUCAUACUAAUUAACAAUUUUUAUUUAUUAUUCGGACUUGCUGUAAUUCACUCAAACUGUGACUUUGACGAAUUCACCCACUUAAACGGUCAAUGGUUUCGGACUUAAAAUAUUGUUUUGCUAAUAAAAAAAAAUCACAAAAACACAAUUCGAAAAUUUCCAAUAAUAUUAAAUUUGAAAAGUAUUUGACUACUACACCAGUCUUAGAAUUAAAUAAUAACAAAUACAAUUUAUCACGAGCUUUUUAUGCAUUAAAGCUUUUAGUGUUUACCAUUCAAUUGUAUAUAGCCAAUACGUUCCUGUCAAUAACAUACCACAAUGUUUGUAACUGGAAAUUCUAAAUAAAAGCUGGAAUCUCAUUAAUGCCCGGUCUCGAAGGCAUUAGACAAUGAGUUCGGGAAUGAAUUCUUUCGACAAACUUACUUCAUAUUGUCAACCCUCUCAAAGUUCAUACUCAACGGGAACAGCGAGCAUAUUCGUUCUGUGAAAUAACACUCACAAUUUAUAUUACCAUAGUGCCCAAAACGGGGUUUCAUUGCUAUUAAAUGAUUAAUCGUCUUUUAUUUAGGGUAAUUACCCACCGAAUUACUAAAUUAUUCACUGCCCACUACCACUCGAAAUCUUAAAGCCAUUUUUGCAAAGAAAAUCAAUUCUUAUCACUAGUCAGAUGGUCCAAAUGAAGAAAUUCAAAUAAUUGGACGUUCAAUAUUUGUCAAGUAAAAAGAAUCGGGAGCUUUCUAAUCCAGAAAUUCAUGCUGGAGCCUGAAAAAUGAGUCAAUGAGUUGGGACGGACCAUACUUUCGAUAAAAACAUUUUGGAAAUAUUCGAUUCGAUUACACUGAGAUCGCGUUGUAGCUUUUGUUGUCUCUCCUAUUAUAUCGGUAAACCUAAAUAGAAAAGUAAGUAAAAAGCUAUUCAAUUGAGAUUUAUAAUUUUACGUUAAAACUUGAUGAUCAAACCAAAGAAAACCAGCAUACUCCAUUUCAAUGUACUUAAAAGAUAGAAUUUUUGUUUUGUUUUGUUUUUAUUAGAAUGAACAAAAUAUAAUAAAUUUGCCAUGACCAUGCGCAUCGGUUGAACAGCUGAUGUUAGCCAGCCGUCAAGUUAAGAGAAUGAAUUUUAACAAUAAUUAUAUUAAAUUUAACAAAAAAAAGGAAAAGAAAAUUGUUAUUUAUUAUGGUGUUGAGGAUCCAACACACAGCAUAACACACACACACAAAGAAAAACGAUCUUAUAUUAUUUUUAAGGCAUACUGUUUGUUGUUAUUUAGUAGUAUAAAAAUUACAUUAAAUUAAAAAAAAAAUGAUGAAAAGAAUAAAAUAAAAUUAAUUAGAAAGUUAAAGCAAGAAAGUGAAACUUAAAAAUCCAAUUCAACAAUUUUUUUUCUUUUUUUGUUCUUAAUUUUAUUUUUGUAUGACUUUGGUAUGAAUCAUUAAAAAUUUUGCUUCUCUUUUUUAAAUGAUUUUUUUCUUUCUCUCUGUGAACCACAUUAAAAUGUCAGAGAAAAUCGAGUUGGACAUUUCUUUCAAUCAAGCACGCUCACACACCUCUUUCGUGGAACAAUGUCCCUUAAUAAGUAUUUUAAUUAUUUUCUAUUCAAUGACCAUUUCGUAUUGACGAAAACUCGAAUCAGAUGAUAAAUAUUUCCCCGUGAAAUGUUUUUUUUUUUGUUCGCUUCAAAUGAUUGUUGGGCGUACUCUGGGUUCAUAGAUUUUUUUUAAACUAAAUUUGAUUUUGAGUCUUUUAUCCAGUUAAUCAAACCAAACGUAAAAUAUAAAUAAUGAAUGAAAAACCUGGCUUAACCGAAUAUGUAACACCAACCACAAUGUACAUAUUACCAUUAUAAUAAAUAAAUCAGUUACGGACUUACUGAUUGUCUUCUCGUUUUACUAUAACCGAUUGUAGUAUGCAAAAAAAACAUCCUCAAAUGUGUAAAGAAAAUACUGGGUUUUUUUAAAAUUAUUAUUAUUACUAUCUACUUGACAACAGGCUUUUCCGAUAAAAACCAAACCAGAAAAAGAGAGAAAAUUAAUUAUGAAAAUGCUAGCUAAAAUGCAAAAACCGCUCUAAGUAGCAUAUUUUUGAAAAUUCUUAAUCAUAAAGAAAAUAAUAAAAAUUUAAAAAUAAAAAUAAACAAAAAGAAAGUAAAUAAAAAAACAAAAACAUAAAAGAAAUUUUAAAAUAAAAUGAAGAAACUCGACAACAUAGAGCUGCCACAAGAUUACAAAGUAAAUAUUUUAGAAAUGUAAAAAUAAAUUAGAUAUUUAAAUAACUGAAUUUUUACUUAAAAAAACCAAUGAAAUGUUUAAUAAAAUGCUUCUAAUUGAUGAUCUUAUUAUAAAAAAAAUCUUAAUUCUAAAUGUGAAAUCAGCCAAUUUCUUUUUAACCAUUACAUUUCCAAUGUUUCUAACUGAAUUUAGUUUUUGUUUUUAUUUUUGUUAUUUUAUGCUUUGAUCUCUGAAAGUUAAUAAUCGAGCUUUUGUAUCGAAACUUUCGUCAAAAUGUAGCUGUUCCCCCCGCCCAAAAGCGUUCACCGGAGGAUUAUUCCGAUUAUUGAAACGUAUUAUCAUAUCGACUGACUGAUUAACAAAGAAAAUAAUUAUUUACUUGACGAAUGAUUAUCUGAUAAGACAAUGGGACCAUUUGAAUUGUACGACAAGGCUGCCUCAUCUUAGGCAUUACAAUCAAAUCAUUUUCAAAAUUUGCAUCAGUUAACUUUUAUUCUCGAUCCUCUCCGCCCACCAUGAGACCCAGAUAUAAUGUUCAAUUGAGUUUAGAUAAAGACAAGAAAUUCUUGGAAAUUGGAAUAAUGUAAAUGUUUGUGGAGUCGUUCUUAAUUUGAUCACAUUUGGAUGUAUGUAUGUUCCAGACCGAUGUCCGAAUAUUUCUUUACUCCAAAAAUCUUUUUGACAAAAAUAUUCGAGGAUUUUCUAAGAAUAUAAUUUUUUACGAGACAACAAAACUUUUUUUUUAAUCAAUAAGCUCUGGUAGGUUCUGGUAAAAUUAUAAAUGUUUGAAAAUAAAUCGGAAUGAAAGUUAUUGUCCUCUAAAAUUCCUGUAGUAAUAUUCACAAUUUGCCUUACAUUCAUGAAAGUGUUGUAUCUUCUAAUGUACGGUAAUUUACCAUCAAUGAAUAAAAAAAAACAACAACAAACAAACACACACACAAAAUCUGCAUAAGUUUGAUGGCAACAGUUUCCUAUUUAUGUACAGACAAAUUGUGAAGUGAAAAAAUCAACCAAAUGGUGUCGGCUUUUCGACUGGCAAAAUAAGAUCCCUGAACUAAGACGGCUACAUUUCGAAAAUUUGUUUCGACGAAAUAAAAAGGAAAAGUAAGUAAAUCUAAAGCGAGUAUCAAUUUAGACACCAAUAAAAACAUUUUUUUAUCGAAAUUAAAAGCAAACUCGAAUUGUACUCGGAAUUUAGAUUCAUUUUGUAAAUUAAGUCCCAAACGUGAGAUAGUUAGAGACAUUGAAAAUUAUAAUUAAAUAAUUUUUAAAUAGCAAUGUCAUGCAAAUGUGUUCUCUUGUCGUAAGUUCUUGUGAUUAACUGCAAUUUUUCUUUUUGAUUUAAAAAAAAUGUUUUUUUUUUAAGUUUUGUCAAAACCAUUUACAAGUUACAGCUAUGUACCACACUAAAUUUCAAAACACGUUCGCACACAACGUGUUCGUUGAAUGUUUAUUAUUAAUUUUGUUUUCGUACGUCUAUCUAGUUAGUAAUAUUCUUCUAUUUCUUCUUCCUGUUCUACUACUUCUUAUUCGUAUGUUACAUACUUCUUGACAUUUAAAACAAAAAGGAAACCAUUAACUAUUAUUACAAAAAAAAAGUCAUUUUAAAUGAAUGCUUUAAAUUAAUAGAAUUAAUAAAAUGUUUAUGUUAUUAAAAAAACUUUUCGUUUAGUAAUUUAUUACAUUUUUAAGAGUAAAUGGCAAAACAUUAUUGAAUUAAAAUAGAAAGAAAACAAAAUAAUGAAUGAAACGCUUCUAUAGUUAUUAAAAAAGGUACUUAAGACGAAAAUAUAAAACGGUGUACUUAUAUACAAAUUGAAAGUAAAAAAAAAAGUGAAGAUAUACCUUUCCUUAUGUAGCAUUCGUGCAACUGAUCUACUAAUUUUUUAUUUGCAAAAAUACAAACAGAUGGAACCGAAAAUUAAUUUCAAUUUGGGUUUUUUUUAUACAAAAAAUAUUUUCAAUGAUAUUGCAUCAUAAAAAAUUUGAAUUUAAUUGGGGACGCCAUCUGUGUAAUCUUUUUAAUCGAAUGUUAUCCCUGUCCUUAUGCUACAUAACAAUCGUUAAUCUUAGGAGAACAUUAACUUAAGAGAAUUUAAACUAACACAUCCAGAACCAGAAUUAAAAGAAAUUUAAAAUGUUGAAAGAAAAUUUGCAAACAAAAAUUAUUAUCCGAAUAAACAAAGUGAAAAGCAGUGAAAAAUUCAAUGAUGAUAAUGUGGUUUAAGUGUAAUGAAAAUUCUACUAUUCUAAACAAAAAAAUAUUAAGGAAAAGAACACAGAACAUUUAAAUUUUAAUUUGUGUCGAAACAAGAUAAAAAAAAUUAAAUUAAAUUUACAAAACUUAACUAAAAACAAACCACCAAAUGUGUCGAUGCAUAUUUUAUAUACUUACUUAAGAAGAUAAGAUAACAUUUGAGAAUUAAAAAAAAAAACAAUAUU